AAUGGCUUAUCUAUGUUGCAUAUACUUUAUUGUUAUUCAAGAGUGAUUGGACUUUCUUAUGAACGGCCAGUUUCAUCUAUCUCUAGUGGUAUUUCAAUUUACAGAUAUAAUUGGAUUUAAUUUAAUUUCUUUUGAAAAUUAUACAGUAAAAAAUCCUAUUAAUUUCCACUAUCAGUGAAAACAGACCUUUAGGGAUAGAUAGAGAAGAAUUAUAAGAUCUGUUGUUAUUGACACUUUGUUGUUAUGUUAAGCGUUAUACAAACGAAACUGUGCAUUUUCCGCCCAGGUUUUGACUUUUGCUUUCACAGUUAGAGCAGGUAGUAGAUCUGCAUGCGCAUAGAAUGUAUCGUGCAUCUGUGUGCGAAUGUAUGUCAUAAAUGUACAUGCAUUUCUUGAUUACACGUUCAAACUCAAAUAACAAUACGCUCUGAGAUAUUCGUUUCAGUAAAAUCUUUUCGCUCCAUCCGUUUAAUAUGGAAUUUUGGUUGAAUGGAUGAAAAUUAUCCGCAAAUAGUUUUGAUUACGUAUAUUACGGCUUUUAUAUGGUUGUAAACCGAAAACUCUAAUUUUUUUUAAAAGCUUUGCAAAUUUUCAAUAGUUUGUUUACAGUUUACAAAAGGAUUUUUUCAAAGAUCGGCAUUUUUAGAUUACAUACGAUAAAUUACAUUAUCCUCUUCAGAAUAAGAGUUCCUCUUUAGAAGAGUCUACUAUCAUAUUUCUUUUUAAUACAGAUGCUCGCGGUUUAUAAGGACACUGUCCGUUUAAAGAAGAAAUGUCAUUGCAAGAAGAAUAAAUUGUAUGUCAAUGUUGAAAUUAGAAAAUAAAAAAUGUUUAAAAUUUGUAUGUUAUUAUAUAAAAUUGAAUAAAAAAAUUAAUAUCAUAUCGAAAUGAAACAGUACUAGUGGUUAGGUUUUUCUUACCAGCACUCGUUACAUUUGGCCUUAAAAGUAUUAUGGUGUAAAAAUUUGAAGUCGGCGCAGUUUCUGGGUAUACCAUUAGAAGUAUCUACAAAUAUAAUAUGAACAAAUACUCCGUCUACUCAACUAGUAGUUUAAAGCCGUGUGUAUCGGCACCAACAUGCAGUGUACAUAAACAUAGGCCGAUGCCGGCACCAUGCCCACAACCGGACAAAUGUUACAAGAAAUGUAUCAGGAGCAAAACAAAAUGCCCAAGCUCGAUGGAUACUGUCACACGUGCCGGCUCUCCUUGCGAGUGUGCCAGGGUGCAAUCCAAAGACUCUAGGUUCACUAAUAAAAGAGGUUUCAAAACUCACAGAAAACGCAUCGGCAAAGCCUAUAGAACACGUUCCAUGGAAUCUCGUUGGAGAAGACGAGGAAAAUGUUGUGUUAUUCUGUAGAACUUAAAAAUCAUCUCUCAGAGGUUUAAUUACAAAUGAACAGAUCAAUGAUUUGUGUUAAAAAUCAAUAAAUACCUAAAUAAUGAACACUAUCUAAAUUCCGUUA